AUGGACUUUGAGUGUUCACCUUGCUUUGUGGACUACACGAUCGUGACAAAGCAAGAGACUUCUUCGACAGACACCGAAUUCGUCACCGAACGCGCUCAACUGAAAGGGUUGACCCACUUGCCGGGGCAGUAUUCUGACUCGCCGCUUCUGAGCUCUGGCCUGAUCGACUUCUACAAAGACAUCCCAGAAGAAAUCAUCAAGAAACUUUACAAAAUCUACUUUGUCGACUUUUUAUUAUUUGGCUACGCGAUCGACGAGUUUCAUAGUAAUAAAUAG